AUGAGUCAUGAGAGGUAUGUGGCCUUCAAGGCCAUCAACGGAAAGCUGCCUCCCAUCCAGGUAAGCUGGCCAAAGGGCACACUGCCUCCAAGCAUUUCUGAUCUGCAUGUCGUGGAGGUGCGCAGCUGGGAAGGUGACCGGCCACCGAACGGAAAGUACAUCAAGAGUUUGAAGAUGGAUGCCCGAAACUCUGAUGCUGCCAUCCUUGAGCCAGUUCAGAUCUCCAUGAACUUCUGUGAUUGGGUGCAGAACCCACCAGCCUCUGAACAUGGCUGUCUUCCGCAGUUGGAUGUUGCCUCCCGAGUUGACCUGCGCAAUUCCGGCCCUAUGGUUGGCAUUCAGCAUAGCGGCCUCCCUGCCAGCGUGCUGGUGUCUUGUGAGCCAGGUACAUUUGUGCAAGUCCAUGUGCUCGACGUCAAUGCAUACCUUGAGAGUGGCGAGUUGCAACAAGUGCAGGAGGUUGUUCAGCGUCGGGCAGUGGGAGUGUGGUUCAUGGAUCAUGAGGACCUUCCUUUGGAUGCCAGCCUUCCGCUGUUCCCGCCAUAUCUUGAGAAGGAGCUGAGUUUCAAGGAGGGCUCUGAGCGCGUUGCGGUCACCUUCACCUUCCCGCUCACCGAGCGCCAGGCCGUUGACUUUCAGAAGGUUGAGGUCUCAGAGACCCUUGUGCAAUGCCAAUCCCUCCUCAGUCCGAAGGGCGCAGGCUCCAUGAUCAUAGGCGAGACAGAUGGAGGUGAGGUCGGCACGACGCUUCGGCUGUUGGCUGACUAUGCUCAGAAGUUUGAGCGCUCAGAGAUUGCCAGGGAAAGCCUUGCUGUGUUCGAGCAUCUCAAUAUCGACUUCACAGAAGAUUGCCGUGAUCGUGUUCCCGAAACCUUUGCACAGCUUGUCAGUUGCCGCAUGAUGCGAACACUCAUGCACCUGGUUGACCGGCAUGUUGGACGUUGCUUAGACGGCACAAAUUGGUCUGGACUCCUCAGCCCUGCUGACUCGUCUUUGCCAGUCACUGUCAAGUAUUCACAUGCCCGGCCAGACCCCUCCACGUGGAAGGUGAUGGAGCGCUUGCUCCGCAGCAAGCCAUGUGAGGGCCGGAACAACCUCACGGUGAAGGAUGCUGUGCAGUCCUUGAUGGACAUCCUGGAGCAACCUGGCAUCUCUUACAUGCAGAAGCACUGUUUCCAGUCGUCCUUCGUUCGGCGACUCAGGAAUUCAUUUCCGCAGCCGUACUAUGAAGUGCUGCCAUUGUCUUCAGAAAUUGAGCAUGCUGAGCCGUUGGUGACCCCCGCUUGCAGUUUCUUCCGUCACGAGCGUGUCUUCCAUGUGACCGCACCCCUUCAGCGCAACCUGGAUAUCCUUGGCAUGCGAGCGCUGAAGUUUCAGCUUGGCCUCAUGAGGCCGCGGGACCACAUGCUGCUGAAAAAGCAGGAGUUGCAGGGGGCAAUCGCCCGCGCAAAUGCCAGGACAAGUGCUCACAACUUCGGGCUGCACAUUUUCAGGAUGAUUUCAUGGAUGAAGGAGCUGUCCCUGGGACGGGAAGUGUCGGAUGCUUUGAUUGGAGCAGUUGGGCCAAGCUACAUCAAUGUUCUGGUUCCUACGCCGUGUGCUCAUAUCCUGGAGCUGAAAGUGCCAGUUGCAGCACUGUGCGGCGAUACUUUUGCUUCGGACUAUGAUGUCUCCACGCAGUCGAUCAUGCUGACGAAUGGAGCUUCGCUUGAGCAUAGACUUGAAAUACGCACUUGGUAUUUCCCAAGACUGAUGUGCACCAUUUCAAGAAACUCUGCACAGCCAAUUCCACAUCAUGCAGCUGCCAACUCUGUGAUCGUGACGCACUUGGAUUUCAAAACAGAGUGGGGUCCUGAGACCACAACCACAUUUCCUGUGGGCCAAAGGAUGUUCCCUGAAAUGUUUUCCUCCUGUCCUGAUCUCACUGAGUGGGCAAUCAUGGACCGUCGUCUGGAGAAGUAUUCGGAGCUCUGGGCGCGAGUUCGGACAUGCCAAGUUCAUGCGGCAGCUGUGAAUGGCUCUUCUUACACACGUCCUGCCAGAGUAGACAGCAUCACCUGGCGCAAAGACGGCGCGACGUGGUACUUCAAGUGUCGUGUGGAAGUUCCCCUAGCUCAAUACCAGAGGCUUCAUGAAGACGACCUGGCUGUGCUCACUUGCCAGCACCAAGAUCGCAUUUUGGAACUGCGAGGUGUGAUUGCCGAGGCUUGGGUUGUUAGGUGGCGCAAGGCCCACGAUCAGCCUUCUGGAGCACAGGCCUUCAUGGUAGAGGUGAAGUUGUCGCAAGCUUGCUAUGCACUUAAGGAGACGCACUCAACCUGUGUUGGUGUCGGUGCCACCUUCAACCUGUACUUCAUCUUUGUCCCACGGAACGAGAAGAAGAGCAUUCGCAUGCUGCAGGCCAUCCCCAAAACUCCCCCGCUCCAAGGGAUGCCUUUGACUUCAACCAGGACUACUGUGCAGCAGAAGCGAGAGUUGGAGAUGCGACCCCUUCUCACCGUGCAGCAAGUCAAGCUUACUCUUGACAAGCCUGAGUAUCGCGUGCAGAGCUGCAAAGGCCUGAAUGACAAACAAUUGCUUGCUCUGAAACGCGGGUUGCAGCAGCCAUUUACAAUGGUACAAGGCCCGCCUGGCACAGGCAAGACCUCUUUGCUCGAGCGAUUCAUCGUGGCGGCCGUGUCCAUUGUUCCCGGCAAGGCUGGCGGAGAUCGUCCUCGCAUUUUGGUUUGUGCGCCAUCCAACCAAGCUGCAGACCAUCUGCUCGAUAGAUUGAUCAGAGACACUGACAUUCCAGAUCAUUACAUCACCCGUGUGUACUCCAGGUCUAUUGAGCAGGAAGAUGGAAGCACCUACGCCAACCGCAAUUCAAGGAGCGAGCGAAAGUUUGAUAUUCAGAGCCAUCUUCGUGAGUAUGCUUUGCACGAGAAAGUGAGUCGAGCCUCUCAUGUGUCCUCAGGUCAUGCAGAGCUCAGCACGGUGCAUCCAGCCCGAGACCGAGCGCAUGAAAUGGCGGAGAAGAAGGUGCUAGAGCAGAGCUACAUUGUUAUCACAACUUGUGCCAACUCCUACCUUCACACUUCGCUGAGUCGCGGCGAGCAGCAAGACAAGGUCCGCCCAAUCUCUUUUCAUACCGCAGUCAUUGAUGAAGCCGCGCAGGCGAGUGAGCCUGAUGUGGUGCUGGCCGCAACACUUGCAGCUCAGCGCAUUGUGGUUGUGGGCGAUCACCAGCAGCUGGGGCCUGUUGUUCCCGAACGGAACCUUUGUGCAGCAUAUGUCAGUGCUUUGGAGACCCCAUUCCUUGAGCGCAUGACGCAAAAUCCUCGUCGUCUGCGCAUGAGUACCAUGCUGGAUGUGCAGUAUCGCAUGCACCCCUCAAUCCGCAGCUUCCCAUCUGCGCAGUUUUACGAGUCCAAGCUUCAGGAUGGAGUUUCAGUGGACUACCGGCCAAAGCUCAGAUGUCUUUGGCCACAGGAACAUGAGCACCGGCUUUUCAUCGAUUGCAGCACACCACAAUCCAAGGACCGAAAUUGUUCAGCGCAGUCGAUGCAGGGUAUGACUUCCUUGAAGAAUUCGGGGGAGGCUGAUGUCGUGUCGGCGGUGUGUGCUUGUCUACUGGAGCAGGGUUGUUCAGGUGCUGACAUGGCGGUACUGACACCUUACACAUCUCAACAGCAUGAAAUUCGUGCCAAACUGGAGCGCAGUGUUGGCCACGACAGGUCCCACAGUAUCCUGGUGGGGACAGUGCAUGCUUUGCAGGGCUCAGAAAGAGAAUACAUCAUUCUGAGUUUCGUGCGCAGUCUUUCUGAGGAGGUUCAGGACAUUUCGCCGUCCAAAGAAGCAUUUUCCAAGGGAGACUCCAUGGCACUACGGGAGCUUCGAAUGCAGAACCUCGGCAUAGUGUCCAAUCGCAAGCUUCUCAACGUGGCUCUGACGCGCGCAAAGUAUGGUCUUGUCUGUGUUGGUAACAAGGAUGUGCUCAGCAGUGGGUCCAAAGACUUCUUGGAUUUGAUCACGAGCCUUGAAAGUCGCAGAUGCCUCAUGGGCAGAGAAGCAUUCCUCCAGAGGAUCAAAGGAAACCGAUGGGCCCGAAAGGGCAAAAGACUCGCUGCUCCACCAGCCAUCCGACCUGAGGAUUCUAUUUCCCAAGUGGCAGUGCGCCCAAAUGUUUUCCAGGAUGACGAGAUUGAGCAUUCGGAAGUUUCUGUGGCCGCAAGCUCGAUUUCGGUCCUCUCGGAGUGUGGUCACGGACCAAAAUGCUUCCUGCGUGGGACCUUGCUGCCAGCUGCGAGCGGGCUGAAGGUUCCUGUUGAAUGUGUCGAUGUGGGCACUCGCAUCUCAGCAGCAGGCAAUGCCGGCUUAGCUUUGCAAGUGACCACGGUGACCCGUCAUGAUAAUGAGCACACCGGCUUGGUUCAGAUAGAGACAGACUCCGCUUCCAUUGUGGUAACUUCCACUCACUUGAUUGUUAUGGCAAAUGGCGAAAGAAGGCAAGCCAGCGGAGUCGUGCAGGGUGAAGUUGUGAGCACGUCCGGAGGUCGAGCUACCGUCGCUCGAGUGCAGCAGUAUGCAGCUUCCGUUGACAUCUUCCAGGUGGUGUUCCAUCCAGAUGAACCUGUAGAGGCUCGUUGUUUCCUGAUGCCUGCCAUGUGUAACAGCAAGGCGCCCUGUGGUUGCUUGCAUAGCACGCGGUAUCAAGGGACAGAUUCAAUCAUGAUGCUGCAGGCCAGCUUCCCAUCCCCGCACCAGAUUUGGACAUGUGGCCAUCCUCCGCCCUCACCUCGCAGGAAACACGGCAAGGGAAAGGCCUGGACGUUUCCGUUUGCAACAGAGCUUCAUGAGGGAUACGAUCCGAAUCAACUGCAGGACUUGCAGAGCCAGGCUUUGCCACCUGCUGGGAAGGCAAACUUCAAGGGCAAGGCCUUCUCGACGGUUUCUGAAAGCCUUGAACCUCUUUAA